UCAUUUUGUGUCAGUAGUAUUAAAACGGCCGGUGGGUGUCCAACUAAAAUUUCCGCUUAACUUGAAUACAAUUUCCCGUUCUUUAGCGCUUUACUGUGAAAGUGAAAGUGUAGUUGUAGUUAAAAAUAUAUAUUUUGAAAAUAAAAUACAGAAAUGGCUGAACAAAAGAAGGCUCCACUUCUCAAGAAAGAGGAAGAUUACGUGAAAGCAUUGGAUGGUUUCUUCACAAAAGAGGAUCAAGUAGCUUUGUUGCUCGAUUACGAUGGCACAUUGGCUCCCCUUAGCGAAGAGCUCUCCGCCAUGCCAAAAGAUACUGAGAUCAAUAUCAAAAAAUUGGCUGCUAACGACAAAGUUUUCAUGGUUGUCUUCUCCGGCCGUGAUUUAGCUGAAAUUAAGAAUCACUUGAAAUUCCCCAAUGUUACCUAUGCUGGUAAUCAUGGUUUGGAAGUAGAGUACCCAUCGGGCAAGAAAUUCAAGAUUGAAAUGCCAGAAGAACUCUUGAAGAAACAUCAAGAACUUGUCAACGAACUUAAAGAAAAGGUCGUUUUACACGGUGCCUGGGUUGAGGACAAGAAAAUCUCCGUCACCUAUCACUACAAGGGUGUCAAUGACAAAUUGAAGGCCAAGUUGAUCGAAACUGCCAAGGGUCUGAUUCAAGGACAUGGCUUCCAGCUGAUCGAAACCCCAUACGCUUUGGAGGGCAAACCACGCGUCAACUGGGACAAAGGUGAGGGCGCCAAAAUGAUUUUGGAGAAACACUUCGAAGCCGAUUGGGCCAAGAAACUGAAGAUCAUUUACUGUGGUGAUGACACCACCGAUGAGGAUGCCAUCAAGGUACUCCAUGGCUUGGGCAAAACUUUCCGCGUCUCUGAGCUGCCAACACUGAAGACUUAUGCCAAUUAUCAAAUCAAGACCGUCGAGGAAGUUGGCUGGCUACUGAAAGCCAUCCAAUCGGUCUAUGAAGUCAAGAAGAAGUAAAAACUUAAAAUUUGCAAUAAUUUAAAUUCCAAAAACAAAAUAAAUAGUAAACAGAAGAAGGCGCUACUUGUGUAGAGUUUUUAUUUAACAA